AUGGAGGUGCUGGAGGAGUACUGCUCCCCGUUUGAUUUUGAGCGAGGCGUCGACACGAGCUACCUACACCUGGCGCCAGCCUUCUGUGAUACACCGCCUGGCUCUCCGGCGCCCCCUAGCCGAGGUAAAGGUCCAAACCAUCUGGACCCGGCGGCCGAAGUGGGUCAGGACGCGGCGCUGAUCAUCGGACCGCCGCCGCCAACUUCCGCCAUGACGGAGGAGGAACGACAGGAGCUGCAAGUGGAGUUGUUGAGGGUGGAAGACGAAAUCCAGACGCUGUCUCAGGUCCUUGCGGUGAAAGAGCGACAACUGGCCGACAUCAAGAGGAAGUUGGGGGUGACGCCGCUCAACGAGCUCAAGCAGAAUUUCACUAAAACCUGGCAGGAAGUCACUGCCUCCACGGCCUACAAGAGGACGUCGGAGACGCUUUCUCAAGCAGGAUCGGCGGCCACGGCGGCCUUCACCAACAUGAGCUCGGCCAUCAGCCGUAAGCUGGACGACGUCAGGUGA